AUGAGCUCCAUGCUGUCCUGGCCGUACCCAUCGGGCGCCCUCUCCGGCUACUGGCGGCCUGUGACCUCGACUAUCAAUUGGUGCGAAGAAGACUACUACGCAACACCAUACUCGGCCGAGCUGAUCAAUUCCCUCACCAAUCUCUGGUUUAUCUACCUUGCCCAGCGAGGCAUUCGCAACUGCCUCUCGCAACGGCAUGAUCGCAUAUUCUUAUGGGCUUUCAGCUCAUACCUCAUGAUCGGAGUUGGCAGCUUCAUCUUCCACUCCACUCUGAAGUACCCGAUGCAACUACUCGAUGAGUUGAGCAUGAUAUACACCACUUGUAUAUUGUUCUUUGCAACCUUUGAGCAUGGACUGGAGGGUCGGAAUAGGGUGCUGCUUGGAGUGUUGGUUGGGGGUAUAGCUAUUUUCGUCACGGGAUACUAUCAUUAUCUUGGAGACCCGGUGUUUCAUCAAAAUGUGUUUGCGUUUCUUACAGCUGUUGUCUUUUUCCGCAGUUUAUGGAAGAUGGAGAAGACGUUGCGGCCAUCAAGACGAAUGUCUGUUCAGGGUGUAUCUGCCGCCGAGCAGGCUCGGCGUGACCGGAGGGAUGGGGAUAUUCUGAGAGCUAUGUGGAAGAUGAUCCCGUUUGGUCUGCUUUCGGUAGCUUCCGGGUUUCUUGUCUGGAAUCUCGACAAUAUCUACUGCGAUGACUUGAGACGGUGGAGACGAGCUGUCGGCUUGCCGUGGGGCAUCUUGUUGGAAGGGCACGGCUGGUGGCAUUUGCUGACAGGAGUUGCGGAGUACUUCAAUAUCGUCUGGAGCAUUUGGUUGAGGCACUGCUUGGACGGAAGGCAGGAUGAAGUUGAAUUGCGUUGGCCCACUAUGCUGUCUAGCAUGCCUGAGGUGGUCAGGAAAUCGUCACAUGCAAAGAUCAAGCAGAGGUGA